CUUUUUGACCGCAGCCGCCAGCUCCCGACACAACUGCUGCCUCGUCUCCUCCAUCUUCUAGCUUCUGGCUACCUCUCUACUGACCUCUCUGACUACUACCACACAAACCCUUUUGCCUUCUCUGAAGAGUAGGCGUGGUCUACUCUCAGCUAUUACGUCAUGUGUUGUCUAUGACCUUUGCACCCUAAUUUUGCACGCUGGUGCAGUGGUGACUUCGCCCACUCUUAUCUCCUUGAGGCCCUCCUGUAGAGCGACUCUGAGCGAGGUAGCCAUGUCGUGGGUCGUCCUCGAUGUGCUGGUGCACGUGAUCAAGCCCCUCUGCUUGACAGAGAUGGAGACUCGUACAGGUCCCCGUGGAGUAACAAAUACGACCCUCCCCUGUCUGACGGAGCCGUCCCCAGCGACCGACUCCGGAGACUGGAGAUCGAGGCCAACCAGGCUUUUGACACUUACAGAGAAUUGUAUUUUGAGAGUGGCGUGUGCUCAGUCUACCUGUGGGACUUGGACCACGGCUUCGCCGGUGUCAUUCUCAUCAAGAAGGCCGGCGACACGGAGAAGAUCAAGGGAUGCUGGGACUCAAUCCACGUGGUGGAGGUCCAGGAAAAGGCACAGGGUCGAAACGCCCACUACAAGCUGACGUCGACGGUGAUGCUGUGGCUCCAGACGAUCAAGGCUGACUCUGGGACCAUCAAUCUCGGAGGAUCCCUCACUCGGCAGGCAGAGAGCGACCACGCCGUCUCAGACGCCAGCCCCCACAUUGCCAACAUCGGGAGAAUGGUGGAGGACAUGGAGAACAAGAUGAGACAGACGUUGAACGAGAUCUAUUUCGGGAAGACAAAGGAUGUUCUUAAUGACCUCAGGUCUGUAGGAGACUUGAAACUGGCUAACAAACAGCGGCUGUUAGCAGCUGAACUGAAGGAACGGAUGCACGCGAGCUAAUUCCUCUACACGCGUGCAAAAUCCUCUGCCACGCGCGCUAGACGUUUAUUCUAGUUUUCAACACAUGACUAAUUAAUUGCACACUCUACAGCUAUCGUCCACUGUACAGUGUUAGACAGACCAGAGGCUGCCUGGCCGUCUGGUUGAAUUUAGUGAUUUUCAAGCCGAUAACUUAUAGUUGGUGUUUCUUGUACACAUACAGAUUGUUUGUUGUUUACACUAAUUAUCAAUAUUGUGUACUGUGUGUUCUUAGAGAUUUCCUAUAAAUUUGAUAUAAUUAUAUGUGGGAAGUUAUACAAUACACUAAUGUACCAAGCCAAGUGUCGUUUAUAGAGAGGUGUGCUUUAUUUGGAGGAUUCUUCAAAAUCGUUGAAACUAGGGGAGG